AUGAUUGAUCGUGGUCAAACAACUGCAUCUGAUCCAAAUGAAAUAGAUCAUGCUUCUUCUCAAUUGAAAGAAAGAAAAAAACGUUUAAACAAUUGUUGGACAUGUGAAAUCGGAGAAGCUAUUACUAAAUUUGUUCAACAACAUAUCACACCUAUAUAUAAAGUAGCUACAGAAGAACAAAUUGCUAUCGUUCAAUAUGAUUAUAAUGAUCGAUUGAUUCAAUUAGAAUAUUAUCAACAAAAUCCAAAUGAAUAUCAAAAACAAAUAUUUGAAAAUCUUACUCAAGCCAAAUAUGAAAAAGAAACAUCUAAAUUUGAUGUAGCAAUAUUAAAACAACGUAUUGUUUAUAAUCAUUUACCACAAUCAUUUGAAUCACUUAAAAUACCUCCACCCAUAUCAUUCGAUACAAUUACUGAUACGAUGACUCGUCAACAUUUAAAGGAUCGAUGUGAGAAAAUUUUAAAACAAACGAAAUCCGAAAUGAUGAUGAUUUAUAUUACAACAGCCGAAGCAAAAAUAAAUGAAUAUGAAAAGAAAUUUGAUACAGACUUGGCUAAAAUGAAAGAAAAUCAAUGUUCUGGUCCAUCACAUAAAAAAUUAACUCAAACAAUGUUGAAUAUUAUGGAACGACGUUUUCAGAAUAUAAAUGAACGUCUUACAUGUCUUUACAAAUUAAAACUAAGUUUUUUCGUCAAAGCUCCGACGGUCAAGAAUUAG